AUGGCCAGCCACCCUGGAGGAACCCCCGUCAGAGGAGGUCUUCGCUGUCGAAGAAGGCGAAACCUGGAUGACCACCUAGUCCGGUAUCUAGAGACCGACGCUCUCCCGGAAAAUCGUAACGAGGCCAGAAAAAUUAAGAAGCAAGCCGUAAGGUACUGUAUCUCCCAGGAGAAGCUAUACCAGAGAUCCUUCUCACGCCCGUACCAAAGGUGUGUCACACCUCGUGAAGCUGCUAGAAUCCUUGUAGAAGUACAUGAUGGAGAUUGUGGAUCCCACUCUAGCGGUAGAAGCCUGGUGCUCAGAGCCAGAAGGGCAGGUUACUACUGGCCCACGAUGGCCGCCGACGCCGACAGACAAGCCAAACACUGCAACAAGUGUCAGAGGCAAGCUCCAGUUUCUAAGCUUCCUCCGGAGAACCGCAAGUCCAUAAGCUCACUGUGGCCCUUCAGAAAGUGGGGCAUGGACAUAGUAGGGAAAUUUCCUAUGGCACCGGGGCAGAAGGUCUUCCUUCUGGUAGUCACUGACUACUUCUCCAAAUGGGUCGAAGCAGAAGCACUCAGCCGGAUAACAGACCUCCAGAUCCACAAAUUCCUGUGGACCUAUGUAAUCACUCGCUUCGGGGUCCCCCACGAGAUCGUCACCGACAAUGGACCCCAGUUCACGAGCCAUAACUUUAAGGAGUUCUGCAAGGACUAG